AAGAGGUGAAAGAAGGAGGAAGUGUCCCUUUGUAUGUUUUGCCACCCAGUAAAUCUCUAUUUUCCUCUGAGAUUCAGCACAAAGAACAUCUCCUCUCUAUUUGUGCAUAUUCAACAAAAAACCAUUUGUCCCGCACAGGAUUUCAACAGCUACUUAAGCUGAUAAAUGUCCAUCUCCCUGAAAAAAAUUUGUGUGAGACCAGCGUCAAUAAAGUCAAGGAGAAAAUAGGAUUUGGUGGAAACUACUUCACAUAUCAUGAGUACUGUGAUGUAUGCGGUGCUUUAUACCCUGAAGAUAGAGGUAUAGUAAAAUGUGAAACACCAUCCUGCACUGGAUCAAGAUCAAGUGAUGCUGAUGCGACAGGAAGAAGAAAAAACUUCUUCGUCAGUGGGGAUUUAUACUUACAACUGAAAGAGAUACUUGAAAAUGAAGAAAAUUUUAAUGAAGUAUUGUCCUCAUUUCAAAGAUCUAAUGAUAGUGAGGAAAUUCAUGACAUUACAGAUGGCAAGAAGUACAAAGAAAUUAAGAAAAAAUGUAAGGACAUGACUGUCACAUUGACAAUGUUUACAGAUGGAGUUUCCUUAUUUAAAUCAUCAAAAGUCUCUCUAUGGCCAGUGUACCUUGUCAUCAAUGAACUCAAUCCACAAUCAAGGUUUUUGAAGAAAAACAUGAUUUUAUGGGGACUCUGGCAAGGACAGGGCAAACCUUUGAUGAAUACUUUCUUUUUUCCAUUUGUCAAGGAAAUGAGAAUGUUAUACAACACUGGAAUGCAAGUAGAAACUCCAUCUGGACAAUAGACAGUUCACGCUAUAAUAAACGCCAUGACUAUGGAUCUUCAAGCAAGAGCAUGCGUUUUUAACAUGAUGCAACAUAAUGGCUUGUGUGCUUGCCUGUACUGUGAAGAGCCAGGGGUUGUGGUGAAAAGUGGAAAGGGCCAUACCCGCAGCUUUCCAUUUCGUGAGACUAAACCUCAACUGCGGACAAGAUUAUCAAUUGAAGCAAAUGUUCAUGAAGCCGUACAAUCAAAAAAAGCUGCCUGUGGAUUUUAUGGAAGGUCCAUCAUCACACAUCUUCCAUGGAUGGAAUUUCAAGAAAAUUGUACCAUAGACUACAUGCAUGGCUUCCUUCUGGGAAUAACAAAAAAGUUAUUAAGCAUGUGGAUAGAUGGAGCCAAUUAUCAACAGCCUUACUUCAUUGGACACAAGCUCAAGGACAUAGAUAAAAUUUUACAAAGUAUCAAAGUUCCCUAUCUGAUCCAUCGCAGUCCAAGAAAAAUUCAAAACAAUCUCAAUCACUGGAAAGCAUCUGAGUUUCGAUCUUUUCUCAUCUAUUAUGGGCUACCCUGCUUAAAAGGACACUUGCCGGAUACGUAUUUGGAGCAUUUCGCUUGUUUUGUUGAAGGAACUUUUUUGCUUCUUCAAGAGAAGAUUACAACAUAUGAUCUCGCUAGGGCAAGGAUGCUUUUGGAAAUGUUUUACAAAUGCAUGGCAACCCUGUAUGGAGAUGCUGUCUGUGGCCUAAAUGUGCAUAACAUCAGUCACAUAGUGGAUUGUGUGGAUAACUGGGGACCACUCUGGGCUUAUUCAUGUUUUGCUUUUGAAUCUUUUAAUGGAGAAAUUUCAAAAGCGAUACAUGGAAAAGGAAAUGUAAGUGGUGAAGUUUAUUGGGCAGUCCACAGCGAAAAAAUUUUACAAAAUGAAAUCAAACUGCUUCAAGAUGGAAAGCCGAAAGAUCUUCUAAAAGAAAUCAUGUCUGCAAGAAACACCGUAAAAAACAGCAAUCUUGAAAUUGGAGAACAGUGUUACAUAAUGAAACCUUUGGUUAAACUGAAUUCUGUAUGUGAUACACUUUUGCAAAAUCUUUCUGUUUUGCUAAAUAUGGAGGUUGGAGAAGUCCAGAAAACUACCAUCCUUAAGGCAUCGAAAAUUCAAAGAAACAGAUUUGUUUUUUACAGCAAGUCAUGCGGCAAAGUGAAGCGGAAUAAUUCAUUCACUGUCCACCUAAAUCAAGAUUUUCAUGGGUGCGACAUUGUUAUGGUGGAUUAUGUAAUCCAUCUUUCUGACCUUAGGAGAACUUUUGCCCACAGCAGUGGAUUUCAGAGGAUUUCUAGGAUGGUGGAGGGAAGAGCACCCCACGUUGAGCUGUUGGAAUUGAAAUGGUAAUAGAUAUAUAUUAAGUUUUAAUCUGUUUAGUGUUUACAGACUCAAAAGGAAUGAAAUAGAUGUGCUGGGGGAUAUGUGUCCUUUCCAAUUUUUAUAUUUUUGACAAUGUAUACAUGGUACAGGUUACAUUAGGAGACAAAGAUAAUUCAUAUCCUUAUACUUGAUAAUUUUUUUUAUCUUAUUGAUCGCUGUUUUUCUUCCUUUGCAACACAUGGGAACACUAAAGCUGAUAAUUAUAAUAUUUCUCUUAGUUCAAUUUUAUGGCAAAAUGCAAGGUUCUUAAUCAUUUUAAUUGAUAUUAAUGAUGUGAUUGUGAAGGAUGUUUUCUUCUUUAAAACUUAAUACUCAGCAACUAGAUAGCUUAUCUUUCUUGUAUUAUUUUGUAGGAAAGAUCUUCUUGUUCCAGUUCCUUUGCUUGAAGAACUUGUUGUUCACAUGGAAGUCAAUGGACAGGAUAUCAUUGCUUGCUUUCCUAAUUUUGUAGAGAGGGAUUAGGAAUUUGAAUCAGUGUAUGAAUGCUGCGGGAACCAAUCUCAAGUGGAUUUUUGCAAACUGUGAAAUGUUAACUCGUACACUUUUUGGAUAACUAAGUGGCUGUUUAUGUCGUGUUUAUAUGUUUAAAGAUGACUGUUUGUAGGUUAAUAAUGAAAUAUGAAGUUAAUUUUUAAAGCUAUUUUUGUCCACAUUUGAUAAUUUAACUGCUUUGUAUCAAAGACACAAGUUGUUCUUAGGUAGCACUUGUACAUAUGAUUAUAUAUAUAUAUUUUGUUGAUGUAAAUUGAACAUGUAUAAGGAAUACACAGAAUUUAAAGUCACAUUUUGUCAUUCAUAGAGGGCAUAGUAUUAGUUAUAUAAAUAAUGACAUCAAACUUGG